CUUCAGUGAAAGGAGCCCUUCUGUCACUCGUCACUCGCUCCCCGGCUCGCUCGCGCGCUGGCUGUGGGAGGAGCCGCCGGAGGAAGCUGGGUGCCUCGGAUGCCGAGCGCCAGAGGAUGGAGCUGCUCCGAGAGGGGACGUCGCUGACGAGCCCGGCUUCCCGAGGCGGCUAGAAAACAGGCAACUUGCCUCGUCUGGGCUGCGGAUCCCGAGAGGCGCGGAGCCCCGGGCCACCCGGAGGGACCGACGGACAGACAGACAGAUGGUCGGCGCGACCCCGGGAGGACCGCGGCGGAGGUUGAGCACCGCGAGCCGCCCAGCAGGAGAAACUCACCGCGAACCCAAGUUGCCCCGCCGGCUUCCCCUCGGCGCGCGGAGGAAUGAGACCUUUCCAGCUCGACCUGCUCUUCGUCUGCUUUUUCCUCUUCAGCCAAGAGCUGGGCCUCCAGAAAAGAGGAUGCUGUCUGGUGCUGGGCUACAUGGCCAAGGACAAGUUCCGGAGAAUGAAUGAAGGUCAAGUGUACUCCUUCAGCCAGCAGCCCCAGGAUCAGGCCGUGGUGUCGGGGCAGCCGGUGACACUGCUGUGCGCCAUCCCUGAAUACGACGGCUUCGUUCUGUGGAUCAAGGAUGGCUUGGCUCUGGGCGUGGGCAGGGACCUCUCAAGUUACCCGCAGUAUCUGGUGGUAGGGAACCACCUAUCAGGGGAGCAUCACUUGAAGAUCCUGCGGGCGGAGCUGCAAGACGAUGCCGUGUACGAGUGCCAGGCCAUCCAGGCCGCCAUCCGGUCCCGCCCUGCGCGCCUCACCGUCCUAGUGCCGCCUGAUGACCCGGUGAUCCUCGGGGGCCCUGUGAUCAGCCUGCGGGCUGGGGACCCCCUCAACCUCACCUGCCAUGCAGACAAUGCCAAGCCUGCUGCCUCCAUCAUCUGGCUGAGGAAGGGAGAGGUGAUCAACGGAGCCACCUACUCCAAGACCCUUCUCCGAGAUGGCAAGCGUGAGAGCAUCGUGAGCACCCUCUUCAUUUCCCCCGGCGAUGUGGAGAACGGGCAGAGCAUCGUAUGCCGGGCCACCAACAAAGCCAUCCCCGGAGGGAAGGAGACCUCAGUCACCAUCGACAUCCAGCACCCCCCGCUUGUCAACCUGUCGGUGGAGCCGCAGCCAGUGUUGGAGGACAACGUGGUCACGUUCCACUGCUCUGCCAAGGCUAACCCCGCGGUCACCCAGUACAGGUGGGCCAAGCGGGGCCAGAUCAUCAAGGAAGCCUCGGGGGAGGUGUACCGGACCACUGUGGACUACACGUACUUCUCAGAGCCCGUCUCCUGCGAGGUGACCAACGCCCUGGGCAGCACCAACAUCAGCCGCACGGUGGACGUCUACUUUGGGCCCAGGAUGACCACAGAGCCCCAGUCCGUGCUCGUAGACCUCGGCUCGGACGCCGUCUUCAGCUGCGCCUGGACGGGCAACCCGUCCCUGACCAUCGUCUGGAUGAAGCGGGGCUCGGGCGUGGUCCUGAGCAAUGAGAAGACCCUGACCCUCAAAGCCGUUCGCCAGGAGGACGCGGGGAAAUACGUGUGCCGAGCCGUGGUGCCCCGGGUAGGGGCUGGGGAGCGAGAGGUGACCCUGACUGUCAAUGGACCCCCCAUCAUCUCCAGCACCCAAACCCAGCAUGCCCUGCAUGGGGAAAAGGGCCAGAUCAAGUGCUUCAUCCGGAGCACACCACCUCCCGACCGCAUCGCCUGGUCCUGGAAGGAGAAUGUGCUGGAAUCGGGCACAUCGGGCCGCUACACGGUGGAGACGGUCAGCACAGAGGAGGGCGUCAUCUCCACGCUGACCAUCAGCAACAUCGUGAGGGCCGACUUCCAGACCAUCUACAACUGCACCGCCUGGAACAGCUUUGGCUCUGACACGGAGAUCAUCCGGCUCAAGGAGCAAGAGGCUGUACCGAUGGCCGUCAUCAUCGGGGUGGCCGUCGGAGCUGGCGUGGCCUUCCUCGUCCUUCUGGCAACCAUCGUGGCCUUCUGCUGCGCCCGCUCCCAGAGAAAUCUCAAAGGUGUUGUGUCGGCCAAAAAUGACAUCCGGGUGGAGAUUGUCCACAAGGAGCCUGCCUCAGGCCGGGAGGCUGAGGAACACCCCACCAUCAAGCAGCUGAUGAUGGACCGCGGUGAAUUCCAGCAAGACUCAGUGCUGAAGCAGCUGGAGGUGCUCAAAGAAGAAGAGAAGGAGUUUCAGAACCUGAAGGACCCCACCAACGGCUACUACAGCGUCAACACCUUCAAGGAACACCACUCGACCCCCACCAUCUCGCUGUCCAGCUGCCAGCCGGACCUGCGCCCCACGGGCAAGCAGCGCGUGCCCACUGGCAUGUCCUUCACCAACAUCUACAGCACGCUGAGCGGCCAGAGCCGCCUCUACGACUACGGGCAGAGGUUCGUGCUGGGCAUGGGCAGCUCGUCCAUCGAGCUCUGCGAGCGGGAAUUCCAGCGGGGCUCGCUUAGCGACAGCAGCUCGUUCCUGGACACGCAGUGCGACAGCAGCGUCAGCAGCAGCGGCAAGCAGGACGGCUACGUGCAGUUCGACAAGGCGAGCAAGGCCUCGGCCUCCUCCUCCCACCACUCCCAGUCCUCUUCGCAGAACUCCGACCCCAGCCGGCCCCUGCAGCGGCGGAUGCAGACGCACGUCUGAGCAAGCCGGACCGAGGGUGGGGGACGGGUCGGAGCUCGGUCUGGCUCGGCAGAGACUUUGCAAAGGACCCCGGAAGCAGCCGCCUCCAGGACAGCCCCGAGUGCCACCACCCUGCCCGCAGCCCCGAUGGAUGGAGCACAAACGUGGGCCCAGCAGCAGCGCACAGGGGCUUGCAGGUGGAGAUGCGGGCAGAGGAUGCGGCCGAGAGGAGGUGUGCUCUUUGCCGGCCUCUCGGUCCCGGCCUUUUUCCGGAGGCCCUCCUCCACCUGCCCCUCCCACAGGCUCCAGAGGCAGCUAAAACUCUGCUUUCGUGAAUUGUACCCCUUGCUGCCCGCCAGCCCUAUCCCCAUUCCUGUGCUUCAGCACCGCAGCCCUGGGGAGCAGGGGGUCAAGCGCUCCCGGCACUGAGCUACCCCAGUGCCCCCUGCCGCUCAUAGCCCAGACCCUCCGAGGCUGGGAAGCCAGAACUGGCCCUGGCCCUUGGCCACCACCCAAUUUGUUCGGUGUUUUGUGUCCAUACUCUUGCAGUUCUGUCCUUGGACUGGAUGCCUCUCAGCUCUGCGGUGGGACUGGUCUAAUCAGAGACUGUGUCUGGGGGUGGGGGUGGGGAAGGAGGGGGAGUGUGACACCCGGGGACCCCUCGCCAGGCUGUGUGACCCAGAGCCUCCCCCCAACCCUGCUUCGUGUACUCCUCCCCCCCGACCCCUGCACAUUCAGAGUCAAUAUAAGGAGUGUGAGAGCUGCUCUGGUCAGGGUUCUUUAAACAGCGGUUGGAGAGACUGUCUGGGGAUGCAUGGGGUUUGAGGGGACCAGCAGGCCGGCCUUUCAAGUGAUGAGACUUGCCUUCUCAGCUGAGCCUAGAGGCACACACAGAACCGUGGUCCUGUCUUCAGUAAGACUGCAGGGGCACCAGAGGAUGCAAAUCAGCUCCUCAUGCCUACCUGCCACCUGAGAAUAAACAUUAGGGGCCCUGCCUCCAAGAGAUCCGUUCUGUUCUUUUGUUCCUGCUGAGCCAUGGGAGACCCCAAAAGCUCAGAGGAUGUUUUGGGAACCCAGGGUUCCUGGCCCGGCUUUCAUUCGGCUUUCCCAAGCAGUGGAGAGCUCUGGUUGCGAUGGCAACAAGACCUAGAGGCAGAUUCCUAUAGGAAGUGCCCAACCCAGAGGGCACACGAACGCGGGGCCUCACCAACCACCUGACUCGUGCCAGAUACGGCUCAGGGGCAAAGGGGCCAGACCGCAUUGGUGGGGUCCUUCUAGGCCUUUCUUCUGGCAGUAUUCUGCAAAGUCAGCUCCCUCCAUUGGGGGUUAAGGAGAGGAGGCCCUCUUCAAAGAGCCUGUGCCACCAAGCAACCGGACACUAUGAGACUCAAAUGAUGUUCUUUCUAAGAAUGGCUUUGUUUAGGUGCAAAGCUUGGCAUGGUGAUGGCCGACAGGCUGGCAUGGAUAAACAGGGCCAAAUUAGAAUGCUCACUCUGCGAGCUUUGCGGAAGCCACGUUGUCCUGAAGGUUGGGAUUCCUCCUAAGUUUUAGCCUCUUCUCCUCAAACCUUCCCUGGGGUCCUUACCCAUCAUGGGAACCUUCAUCAUGAAAGGCUGCUUCUCCCCACCAUUGCUUCCUUGGACAGCCUCAAUCCACAGAUUCUAUGCAUUGCCUUCCUAACAUCUCCACUCAAAGGAUUUAUCUACUUCCAUCAUAUUUCCUAUUGCUUCAGAACCUCCCAUUUCCUUCAUAUCUUCCUUUAUAGCCCCCAAGCCCGAGGGAGUAGAAACUGAUUAAGAACUCUAAGUGUACAUCCCAGCCUCACAGCUUGCUCCUGGUACCAGAGUACCAUUUCUGGCCCAGCACAGAUGCCUGUGGGCUCCAGCUUAAUUUUUUUUCUAAUAAUUGCUAACAUUUAAAAAUUUUAUUUAUUUGGCUGUGCUGGGUCUUCAUUGCUGUGCAGGCUUUUCUUUAGCUGUGGCAAGCAGGGCUACUCUGUUACCUAGCACAGGUUUCUCAUUGUGGUGAGUUCUUUUGUUGCAAGAACUCUGCCGGCUAUGGGCUCUAGGAUGCACAGGCUUCAGUACUUGCAGCACGUGGGCUCGGCAGUUGUGGUUUCAGGGCUCGAGACCACAGCCUCAAUACUUGUGGCGCACGGGCUUCAUGUGAGAUCUUCCCGGACCAGGGAUCGAACUCGUGUCUCCAGCAUUGGCAAGCAGAUUCUUUACCACUGAGCCACCAGGGAAGCCCUCUAAGUCUUCUAACCCCACAAGUCUUCUUUCCCAUAUAUAUAUAUUUUGCCUUUGCUAAUAAAGAAUAAGGGUGUAAGAUCAAAUGCAGAAUGCCUUGAUGUGCUAGAAUAGGAGGAGGAUGACCUAAGAUGAUCUGUCCAUUCACUUCUGCUCUCCCACACCUUGGAGGCGGGUGGGAAAUUGAUCUUCUAAUCCUCACCACAGCCUAUCUUGCCCCUUACCCCCCGCGCAAUCAUCCCCACCCACAAUACACAGUUCUAAAAGGAUGGAGGUGCCCAUUUUUUUCUUGGAACCCAAGGUUAUGGCACAGAACAACCUGGGAAGAAAUCUGAUCUGGAGAACAGAACCCUCUUUUCCCUUAGAGGCUCAGACACUCCCAGGGUGGGGCUAUGGACAUCACAGAAGAUGGGGCUGCACAGUGAAGACUUGGCUACAUGGGACCACCCCCUGAGCCCUCUCCAAGGCAUAGACACAGCAGAGAAUCACGGAAAGGGUAUGAGAUCACACGUAAGCCCUGGUUGAAAGAGAAGAACACAGGUAGGUGAAAUCAGUAAGCACUACCACCAAGGCAUUGAGAAGGAUGCUGGACUGAGCUAUAUACAUCCUUUUACCCCUCUGGCCCCAUUUACUUCUCAUGCAAGAGUGAAAGGCAAAAAAGUUGGUAAAGGGAAGUGUUAAAAAAAAAAAAUUAAGGCAGUGGGAAGCCCUGAAUUUCCCUACAGGUGACUUCACACCAACUGAAAUGAUUGCUUCACAUUUGUAAUCUUAUUUAAUUCCUGCAUUUCUACAAAGUAUCAUCAUUUAACAGACAAGGCAGUGAGGCUUUAAGAAACCAAAGACCAGCCCAAGGUCACAGAGCUAACAAGUGACGCACAUGAGAUUAAACAGAUGCUUUCCUCUGUGACAUGUUUCCAGCCACAGCAAAAGCCCAAGGCCACUCUCAUCCUAGAAAAUGCCCGGUGCCGAAGGCCAUAAGCAAGGACCCACUCGGGGGCGGGCAGAGGAAGGGCAGGCUGCAGCUCCAGUAGGAAAGCAUGACUGGCAUCCUCCACCCCCAGUCCCCGAAUGACCUGGAGAGACAGCAACUUCCUGGGAAAGCGCGUCUGUGUAUCAAAUCACUACCCCCCCACGCCCCAUUCCCAAGGCCAGGAUCCAGCUUUCCGAUAGCUUUACAAUUCGUUAUUGGCUCCGAGUCACUGGCCGAGGGCCCAAUUUCUAACUCUCAGGCUCGUUAUCAGUCUGGAAAGCCCAGGGUUAUUUCCACCAUGUCUUCAACUCUCAUGGAAUGGAAGGUGGUUUCAUACAAAGCACCAGGGCACCAUAGUAAACCCGUCUCUGAUGGAGACGACUGAAACAGUGCUUCAAGGCACAGGCCUUGAAGCUGCCUGGGAGCUUCCGGAGUGGAGGGGAACACGGGAAAUAACAGCAAACGUAAUGCAGCUUUUGGGAGAUUUCUCAGAACAGGAGAAAAGGAGCCAACAAAAAUUCCUUUUCACUUCCUAUAUGGGGGAGGGGCAUACACUGGGCACAUGGCCUUUGCUAUGACAUGAUCGGAACUGAAAUCACCAGCUACACACUCCAGGAGUCCCACCAGCCCUCCCCACGUAUGCAUGGUUUGUGAUGCCACCAGAAAAAACCACGAAGGGGGAGUCCUGUAAUUAGUUUCUUCUAAGAAGUUUCCCUAUAAAAUCAACUCUCUGUUGAAAUAAAAGUAUAAAUAUUUAAAUAAAAAUGAUCCUAAUUUGCA